AUGUCCACAACAAACCAAGCGCGCACAACUUACCGCGCCCUCCUCCGCGAACUCCCACGCCGCAACCUCAAAACACCCUCCCCACUCCACCACCAACUGCGCGCGAUCUUCCGCUCAUCACCAGCGACAUCGUCACAAUCAAAUGCUCUGCCAUUCUCAGUCUCCAAUACAGACGAGGAACGAACCAUCCGCGUCCAAGAAGCUGAUCAGUUCGCUCAAUAUGCCCGCGCCCAGCGUGUCUACUCUGACCUCCUUGAACGCUAUAACCCGGGUAUGAGUAUGGAUGAGGAGGAGAAGAUUCGUCUUACGGCGAGACGGGUUGGGUUUGAUUUGCCUGAGUUGCAUGUCGCUGAGGGGAAGGAGUAG